CGACGCGGAGCCCUGGCCUGAGUCCUCGCGAGAGCGGCGGACUCCGGUGCGGGAUGGCCGCUGAGCCGGGCGGAGCUGGCUCGCGGCUCCCGGAGCCGGCUCUCCGGCCCGAGGCAUGGCCCGGGGUCCCGGCCCGCUAGGCCGGCCUCGCCCCGAUACGGUCGCCAUGCCCAAGAGAGGGAAGCGCCUCAAGUUCCGGGCCCACGACGCCUGCUCUGGACGAGUGACCGUGGCGGAUUAUGCCAACUCGGAUCCGGCGGUCGUGAGGUCUGGACGGGUCAAGAAAGCCGUCGCCAAUGCUGUUCAGCAGGAAGUAAAAUCUCUUUGUGGCUUGGAAGCCUCCCAGGUUCCUGCAGUGGAAGCUCUUUCUGGGGUUGGUGAGCCCUGUGACAUCGUUGACAGCAGUGAUGAGAUGGAUGCUCAGGAGGAGAGCAUCCAUGAGAGAACCGUCUCCAGAAAAAAAAAAAGCAAGAGGCACAAAGAAGACCUGGACGGGGCUGGAGGAGAAGAGUAUCCCAUGGAUAUUUGGCUAUUGCUGGCCUCCUAUAUCCGUCCUGAGGACAUUGUGAAUUUUUCCCUGAUUUGUAAGAAUGCCUGGACUGUCACUUGCACUGCUGCCUUUUGGACCAGGUUGUACCGAAGGCACUACACGCUGGAUGCCUCUCUGCCUUUGCGCCUGCGACCAGAGUCCAUGGAGAAGCUGCGCUGUCUCCGGGCAUGUGUGAUCCGAUCUCUGUACCAUAUGUAUGAGCCAUUUGCUGCUCGAAUCUCCAAGAAUCCAGCCAUUCCAGAAAGCACUCCCAGCACAUUAAAGAAUUCCAAAUGCUUACUUUUCUGGUGCAGAAAGAUUGUUGGGAACAGACAGGAACCAAUGUGGGAAUUCAACUUUAAGUUCAAAAAACAGUCCCCUAGAUUAAAGAGCAAGUGUAUGGGAGGGUUGCAGCCUCCCAUUCAGUACGAAGAUGUUCAUACCAACCCAGACCAGGACUGCUGCCUACUACAGGUCACUACCCUCAACUUCAUCUUUAUUCCAAUUGUCAUGGGAAUGAUAUUUACCCUGUUUACUAUCAAUGUGAGCACGGACAUGCGGCAUCAUCGCGUGAGACUGGUGUUCCAGGACUCUCCUGUCCGUGGCGGCCGGAAACUGCGCAGCGAACAGGGCGUGCAAAUCAUCCUGGACCCAGUGCACAGCGUUCGACUCUUUGACUGGUGGCAUCCUCAGUACCCAUUCUCCCUGAGAGCAUAGUUACUGCUUCUCGUCGCUGAAGGCAGCCCUGAGCUGGGCCAGUCCAUUAGUAAUCAGAUUCCGGUUUGGAAGGGGCGUCCGGAUUGUAUAUCUGGUCAGUAACGCACGUGCUCUUCCAGUUCCCCGGGCUCCUGGUAGGGGAAGGAGAAGGAUUGAAUCGAGAGGAAAAACAACUAUGAUUUAUAAACAUAUUUUAAUGUAAAAAAUGUGCAUUUGAAAGGAGAAACCUGGCCCCAUUUUCUGUGUUAAACCCCAUUUGGUGCUAUUGAGUUUGUUGUUCUUUAUUCUUUUAUCCCAGCAAAAAUGGAUGAUCUUGCUCUAGGGAAAAAUUAAACUCUUGAAUCUCCAAACAAGGAAGUUUCAGCCUUCCCUUGUGAUCAGAGAGGAGCCUUAGAGGCCUAAAAUUGUUGCUACUGUUGCUUCCCAUUAAGCUCCCCCUCAAAUUCAAGUGAAUAUUUUCUCUUCUCCCUUUACCCUCCUCCAGAAAUAAAGCAGGUGACAGGGUUUUCAGAAUCUUA